AUGCCAACCUCGUUAGUAACUUUAUCGAGAUUCUGUGCUCAUAUAAAAAACUGUCACAAUGUGACGCUAGCCAAAACUGCCGUCCCAUACAACAGAACCAAUUUACAAGUGGCUAUCCAAUUAUACAACCAAGGAUUUAUCUCAGGUAUACAACGAGGAUCAAAUACUGGCCCUGAUUUGGUACCUACUGAUGUAACUCCAGAUAACAUAAAUACCAGAAGGAUAUGGUUGGACUUGAAAUACAGAAACAAUUUACCAGUGAUUUCAAAGAUCGAAAUGGUGUCCAAACCAAGCAAAAAAGUUGAGCUUAGUGCAGAAGAUGUAAAGACUUUGGCAUCAGGAAUGAAGGUGAGGAGGAUUGAUCAGUUACAACCAGCUGAAUGUUUGUUUAUUGAACAUGAGAAUCAAUUGUAUGAAAUUAACGAUGCUGCAAAAAAAGGGUUGGGUGGACAAGCUUUGUUUAGGGUAAGGUAG